AUGACCGCGUCUACCUCCAACGCCCCACCCGCCAACCUGGCCGACAUUCCCAAGACACACAAGGCCGCCGUCUAUGACAAGCCUGGUAGCUUGAGCAUCAAGGUGGUCGAUGUCGAUACUCCCGAGCCUGGCGCGGGCGAGGUCCUUGUCCGGCUCACUCACUCGGGUGUCUGCCACUCGGACUACUCUGUCAUGAUGAACGCCUGGAAGGCUCUUCCGUUCCCCACCCAGGAGGGUCAGGUUGGUGGCCACGAGGGUGUUGGCUUUGUUGCCAAGCUUGGCCCCGGUCUGGAGAGUUCUCCGGUCAAGGUCGGAGACCGGGUGGGCAUCAAGUGGAUGUCGGCUGUCUGCAACGCCUGCCCCGCCUGCCUCCACGGUCGCGACGCCGUGUGCGCCAACGGAAAGAUCUCUGGAUACUACACCCCUGGCACCUUCCAGCAGUACGCUUUGGGCCCCGCGUCGUAUGUGACCCCAAUUCCCGACGGCCUUGAUUCGGCCGCUGCUGCUCCCAUGCUUUGUGCUGGUGUGACCGUGCACGCAGCCCUCAAGAAGGCUGAGAUCAAGGGCGGUCAGUACGUCGUCGUCAUGGGCGCCGGAGGUGGCCUGGGCCACAUUGCCUGCGGCAUUGCCUCCAAGGGUCUUGGCGCGAGGGUCAUCGGCAUCGACCACGGCAGCAAGAAAGCUGUCGCCGUGGAGAGCGGUGCCGAGUUCUUCAUCGACUUUACCCAGACCAAGGACGUAGCUGCAGAGGUCAUGAAGCUCACCGACGGUCUUGGCGCUCACGGCGUUCUCGUCCUCACCGCCUCAAACGCCGCCUACGGCCAGGCCCCCACCUUCCUUCGCUUUGGUGGCACUGCAGUUUGCGUCGGCAUUCCCGAGGGUGACUUGGUCCCCAUUGCUUCGGCUUCACCCGCUGCCCUCAUCUUCAAGGAGCUCAAGAUUUGCGGCAGUGCCGUCGGUGGACGACUCGAUGCUAUUGAGACCCUCGACUUUGCCAGGCGUGGGGCGGCCAAGACCCACUACAGGACCGCCAAGCUUGAGGACCUCGCACAGGUCUUCCAGGACAUGGAGGACGGCAAGAUCGAAGGGCGUGUGGUCCUUGAGCUGUAA